AAAGUAUCCAUGUAUUAAUGGCUGAUGCCUGAAAUAAUGGUCCCCCAUAUCUUUCUUCUUUAUUUUUAUACCCUUUUUUACUUAUUGAUUUGCAGAAAAAGUUGGAUGUUCAGACUAAAUCAGCAUGGAAGAGAAGGGUGAUGACAUCAAGAAAGAUAUCACUGAAUUAAUAGGUAAUACUCCAAUGGUGUAUCUAAAUAAAGUGGCUGAUGGUUGUUUUGCUCGUAUUGCUGCUAAAUUAGAGACAAUGGAGCCAUGUUCUAGCGUUAAAGACAGGACAGCGCAUGGUUUGAUUCAAGAUGCAGAGGAUAAGGGCCUGAUUACACCAGGAAAGAGUGUGUUAAUCGAUAUUACGAGCGGUAACUUGGGCAUCGCGUUGGCAAGCAUAGCAGCAGUGAAGGGCUAUAAAUUGAUUGUAGUAAUGCCAGCUUCAUAUAGUCUUGAAAGAAGAAUUCUGCUUCUAGCUUUAGGAGCUGAGCUGCACAUUACAGGCCCUACAACAGACCUUGGAAGACUUCAAAAGAAAGUUGAGGACAUAAUGAAAGUAACACCCAAUAGCUAUUUUCUUAAGCAAUCUGAAAAUCCAGCAAACUCAAAGAUUCAUUAUGAAACUACUGGGCCAGAGAUAUGGAAAGAUUCAGGAGGAAAAAUUGAUGCUUUGGUUAUGGGGAUUGGAACUGGAGGAACCAUUACUGGUGUGGGGAGUUUUCUCAAGGAACAGAACCCUAACAUUAAGGUUUAUGCAGUGGAACCAGCAGAGAGUGCAGUGCUAAGUGGAGGACAACCUGGCAAACAUCUCAUUCAAGGAAUUGGGGGUGGCUCCAUCCCUGGAGUUCUUGAUGUGAAUGUCUAUGAUGAAGUUAUUCAGGUCACAAGUGAGGAAGCAAUUGAAACUGCAAGGCUUGUUGCACUGAAAGAAGGCCUCCUUGUAUGUUACUCAAUCUAUGAGGACAUUAUUUUAGGUGGGAAUUUCAUCAGGUGCAAUAGCAGCUGCUGCAAUUAAGGUUGCAAAGAGGCCAGAGAGUGAAGGCAAACUCAUAGUGGUCAUCUUUCCAAGUUGUGGUGACCGAUAUCUAUCUACGAAACUUUUUGAUUCCAUCAGGCAUGAAGCAGAAAACAUGACUUAUCUAUGAAUUGAUGGUUCAAUAUUUUCACAAGUUCUCUUCUCAAAUCAAUCUUAGAAUUGGAAGUCACUCUUUCAAUAGUAUUUGGUUGAUCAAAAGUGAUGAUAUGAAAGAUAUCCUACAAUUAUUAGCAAAUUUGGUUACAAGAAUGGAGCAAUAUAAUGUGGGUUUAUGUGGUUUUGGAUUUCAAAUACUAGCAAGUUUAGUUGAUAUAGUAAUUUUGAGAUUUAAAAGAACAAGAACGGAUAUGAAUUAUAUAU